AUGUACGGGGUCCUGUCUGUGGUCUUCUUCCACAUCUUUGCGGAUCUUCCCGCGGAUUUGGGUGCAAUAUUCAUGGCCAUCAUGAUCCCGCUGUACAUGGGCUUUGCUGUCCAAUCUGCGCUGACGAAUGCUAUCAUCGAAGUCGUCAAUGAGAAGGAGUCGAAGAUGAAGGUGACCCAGGAAAUCUAUGGGCUAACGCCGCUGAUGUACUGGGUCUCCUGGGCAGGCUACUUCGGCAUCGUUUCGCUGGUGUGCAUGGUGCUGCUCUACUGUUUGUUUACCCUCGCUGCGCCGAUGGUUUCAAAUUCAAACCCGCUCUUCGUGCUUUUUGUGAUGGCACUGUCGUACAUGCAGCAACUGGAAUUUGCUGCCAUCAUCGCCGUGUUCUUCAACAGGACUCAGGCGGCAUCAGCCGCAGCCA